UAAUACUUUUGGCUUGAACAUGAUUAUUUAGAUGUGUAAUGUAAAAGGUAUAAUUAUUUAAUUUCAGUUGUAAUUCGCUGAUUAUUUAAAUGUAGCCAAAGUGCUAUUUUUUAGUUUGUGUACUUGUAGUGUUUUAUUUUAAUGAUGGCUUCUACGAAAAUUAUAAAAGCAAGUAGAUUUCUUGCUUCCUUAGCUGAUAAACAAGCACCCUGUGCAUUUUGCCAACGAAUGGUGGACGAAGAGACAACCUAUGGUAAAUUGUAUAGAAUAGGUGAUAUUCAUUGUCAUUACUUUUGCGUGCUGCUAUCUUGCUGUCUAAUACAGAGGGGUAAAGAUGAAGACGGUCUCUUCGGCUUCCUGUAUCCCGAUAUACUGGCUGAAAUUGAAAGGAGUAAAAAACAUAAAUGUUCGUACUGUAGUCGUGAUGGUGCCACGUUGGGGUGCAGCGUAUCUCAGUGUAGAAAACAGUUUCAUUUGCCAUGUGGGAGGGAAAAGCAAGCAGUUUCAUUGUUUUAUGGAAAUUAUAAAUCAUUCUGCAAGGAUCACGCUCCGAAGCAGAAAAUAGCAGAUGCAGUCAUGGCCAAGGCGAGAGUCCGUAUGUCGAUUCAUAACAAAUUAAAGCGAGAGAAACGGCAAAAUUCAAAGAAAAUUUAUAAGAAAAUCUCAAGCGAUACCGAAUGUCAAGAGACCGUGGAAUCGGUCUGUGUGAUAUGCUAUGAGUCAGUGGACGGGUUUCCAACUAAUCAGACGUUCUGGCCUCCGUGCUGUGGAAGGGAUGCGUGGUUUCAUAGAAGUUGUUUAGAGCGUAUGGCUCUGAGUGCUGGCGUCCAUUAUUUGAAGUGUCCGCUGUGUAACGAUAAGGAUCACUUCUACAAAGCAGUGCUGGAUCAAGGAUACUACAUACCGGAUAGGGACGCGGCUUGGGAGUUGGAACAGAAUGCGUUCUCAGAUAUAUAUGAACGUACCGUUGUGUGUUCCGUUGAAGACUGCAAGUGUCCGAUGGGGAGAGAAUACGACGCUGAUUCUGGGGCGUGGGACAUCUCGCUGUGCGUGCUGUGCGGCGGCGCGGGCGCGCACGCGCAGUGCGGCCGCGCGCCGCGCGUGUGCGCCGCCUGCGCGCCCGCGCGGCCCUCCCCGCGGGCGCUGCACGCCCUCGCGCGAGUGCCCCUUCCAUCUCAAAGUGGUGAUAACACGCAGAGACGUCGGUUCGGUCCAGUGAUGCCGAGUCGGAUGUCUUUGAGACGGACCAAAGCAAGAUCUACGCUAUAUAACUCGUCCACAUCGAAUUCUAUGAGGGGCGAUGGAGAUAAAUCAGUAACUGAAGUCAGUCGUCAAGAACUCAACUUAAAAUCUCCAAGAGGAAGAAUUUCAGAACAAUCACCGCUGAAGAGUGUUGAGAACAAACUAUCGUCACCAUUGAAGUUGUUGAAUAGAGAUUUGUAUGAUAAGCUGAAUGAGAAGAGCCUCGUCCUCGAUCAGAAUGUUCUGGAAGAAGUGCGGCACAAGUUCAAACGUCCCAAGCCUUUGGUUGUUAAGAAGAAAAUUAUCAAUGAGAUUCUGGAACGCUUCAUUAAUAACAUAUCAAAAGAAAGUACUAAAACUAAAGAAUUAAUAAGGGAGUGGAACUCUCCGAAGAAAUUACACGAUGAAGAACGUACUUUAGAGGAGAAUAUGCCAGAUAUAUCAAAGACUGAAGUAACAGAACCGGAUAUAACCAGUGCGGAAACAAAAGAUGAAUCAUCUAGAGAAGUAGAGGUCAACGAGAAUUCGCUGGCCGAGGACGAUGACUCCAACAGCACAUUUCAACUGCCAUCGGAAUUCAUAGCGGACUACAACAGCGACCAGAGCUUAUCAAUAAUUGAUACACCGAAGAAAUUGAAGAAAAUCAACAUCGAAAACGAUUCGAUUGAAAUAUCAGAGAAUGACCAAAUUAUCAACAUUGAUCUGAUCAAAACUGAAAAUGAUGGGUGUCUGAAAAAUGUAUCGAUACCAGAGAAAACUGAGAAGUAUGCAUUUAAGUUCAGCACGUUCGAUAAGGAAGUUUUAGAGAAAAAUAAUUUGGAUAUUGACAUCGAAACGUUCAAAAAUCAGUAUUUAAGCGAAGUCGAUAGACAGUUUAAGGAUUCAAAACAGAAGCACAAGGGAAAUGAUUUCAAAAACGAAUUGUGUGAAACUGACGAAUCGAAUUUGAAAAAGCCGCCAAAACGCAAACGUUCAACGAACAGUGUUGCCAGUAAACGACGUAAAACUACCAAAAUGAUAGAAAAUAGAAAAUCUGACGGGGAAGUCGAUAAGAAAAAGCGUAAAUCAAAAACGCAUCUCUCGAUUCGUAAUAAGAAUAUAAAUUUGAAAAUCAGAUUCAAGGAUGAAAAGUUGAAAUUGAAAAUAUCGAAACGCAAGAAGAAAAAUAAGAAAUCGAACAAGGAUUCUCCGAAAGUGCUGAGACAGUAUGUCUUGAAUUGUUUGGACAAUGUUAUAAGCCGGCCCGAUAUUGACGUGGUUCCCUUGAAAAAAUAUCAAAUCAAAACUGAAAAGGUAUCGGAUAAUUUGAAACAGACGUCCUUAGAUCGUUUCUUUAAAAUAAAACUAUAAAUUUGAAAUUGUUAUAUAAACAAUCAAAUUCUCAACAAAACAUUGAGAAGUCGCUUGGUGGUAGGGCUUCGUGCGAAUCCGUCUGGGUGGGUGAGCCAGUGUUACUACAGGCAC